UUUGGCAUGAAAUGUUAUUGUCGCUCCUCCGCAGUCGCUCGCUUUUCUUUCAGUGCUUCGUUUUUCCCAAAUCCCAGAUACAUCAACCACGCGAUCGAGUGACUUGUUUAACAAAUGCAUCUAAAGGCAGCCCAUUAAGUCGCGACUAGUUAUAUAAAGGGCGGAAAAAGCGGAAGAAUUCCAUAAAUUAAUUUCGAAACUGCUUGAACUAAUUUGCCUACAUUAAAGCUGGCCAAAAUGAGUGUCGAAAGAGAUGAGGAAUAUCUCAAGUUUGUGCCCCACUCAAUGUCCUAUCAUGUGGUUCCAGGAGCAGAGUUUCAAUGCAAACUGGGUAAUCACAAUUCCAGAAAACUUUCAACAAUUGAUGAGCAGGAUGACGACGUGGCCAAUAGAAGAGGAAUGACGCAUCAGAUUUUGGCCACUUGUGCAGUUCUUUUACUUUCAGCUGGCUGUGGCAUGCCCAUUGGAUUUUCAGCCAUUUUGCUGCCCCAAUUGACGGAUACUAAUAGCACGGAGAUCCCCAUAGAUGUGGAAACGGGCUCUUGGAUAGCCAGUGUCCAUAGCUUGGCCACCCCCUUUGGAUCGCUGAUGUCAGGACCUUUGGCGGAUUAUUUGGGUCGCCGCCGGACCUUGAUCAUAUCAGUAAUUCCCCUUUUGUUGGGCUGGAGCACCCUGGCGAUUGCCAAGAGCAUCAAGGUGGUGAUCUUUGCCCGAUUCCUGUGCGGAUUCGCCACCGGAAUUCUAGGUGGACCUGGACAGGUCUACAUUGCGGAGACGGCGGAACCGAAUUUAAGAAGUCUGCUGAUCGGUGCUCCGUACGUGGCCUACUCCUGCGGAAUCCUGCUGGUCUACUCCCUGGGGUCCAUGAUGUACUGGCGGAGUGUGGCAUGGUGCGCCAACAUCCUGCCCCUGCUGGCCAUGGUGUCCAUCUCGUGCAUCCCGGAGACGCCGGCCUGGCUGCUCCGCAAUGGCUACGAGAAGCGAGCCAUGCAGGCACUCACCUUCCUGCGGGGCAGUGAGAUCAGUGCCCAGAAGGAGCUGAACGACAUGACGCAGCGACUGGCCAAGGAGCGGGUCACCACCCGGACCAAUGAGAACAUCUUCCAGCUGUGCUGCCAGAGGGUGGCCAUUAAGCCGCUCGUAAUUGUGAUCGUGUUCUCCCUGCUGCAGAUGUUCUCCGGCACCUUCAUCGUGAUCUUCUACGCCAUCGACAUGAUCAAGGACUUCGGGGCGGAACUCAAUCCCAAACAGGCGGCGAUAGGAACAGCUGCCGUCCGUGUGGUAUGCUGCAUGGUCUUCUGCGUGAUCCUGAUCUUUGUGCGCCGUCGCAGGAUUAUGAUCGUGUCGGGCAUCGGUUCUGGGAUGUUCUGCUUGGCCUUGAGUGUUUAUCAGUAUGCCAGACACGGUCAGCCGAAAAUGUCCUACGACGUGAUGGUAGGCGGCGGUUGCCUCUUGGGCUACAUCAUCUUCAAUACGGCCCUGAUGGUCAUGCCGGGCAUCAUGAUCGGAGAGCUAUUCCCGGCCAGAAUCCGGGGUAGGACGGCAGGUGGAGUGUUUGCUUCGAUGAACGUGGCGCUCUUCAUCUUCGCAAAGUUUUUCCCCGCCUUGCAGGCUUUCCUUAGAAUGCGUGGAGUGUUCCUGGUGUUCGGAGUGUCCAGUUUCCUGCUGACUGCCUUCAUGUGCAUGUUCCAGCCGGAGACGAAGGGCCGUAGUUUGGAGCACAUCGAGGACUACUUCAACGGGAACAACUGGCUGUGGUUCCGGCGGGAUCGUGGCUAUAAGACGGUCAACCUGCAGACACUGCAACCGCUCAAGGCCAUUCGGGGGACGGACGCAUAAUCCGAGGGGGGUUGCUAGCUUUAAAUCAGGUCUUAGCUUAGCUAGAUUUAGAAAUACUCGUAGCUCUAGCCGCAGUGCCUCGUAGUCGUUAGGCUCCCCCGAUAUUCCAGUGUGUCCCUCAGCUUGGCCACUACGACAGGAAAUCUUCAAAUGUUAAGUUUGUUAGUUCAAAUUGUGAUCGCUAUGCUUUAAAUUGUGUCUAAUUGUUAACUAAAAUUAUGAUUAUUAAUAAAAAUCUGAUUAAAUUA